UCUUGGGCGGCGAAAUCUCUUAUAAUACGAUCCCAAAUAAGGACGGUAAAUAAUACUGAAGGACUCAAGAAGAAGAAGAAGAAGACCAGCAGAUGUAAACAAACCCAGACCAAGACCAACUUCGUGUUAGUGUUUUUAACGGGUCCUUGAAGUUUCAGAAUGAUAUGACUUCAUGACACUGAAAUCCUGAUUAUUCCGAGAGCUUGACGUCAGUGGUGGGUGAGGCGACGCACCCUCUCGGCAUAUACCCCUAUUGAGUGACUGGUUGCUAGAAGUCAGUCAUCAUGGAAGAGGAGAAAAAAGAUGUGAAGUUGAUGGGAAGGAAUGUAUCACAGAUGCCGUGUUUUCGUGAGACCUUCCUGUACAGUAUCAGCUCGGGUCUGGCAACGGGCUUCCUGCACUUCAUGAUGACGUCCAGAAUUCAGCGCUCAAUGCAUGUAGCUAUUGGGACUUACGGAUGUGUGACUUUGGGAUACUGGACCUACUGCCGCUACAACUACUCCCUCCAGAAGUUCAACAUGGGGCAGCUUCAGGAGGCCAUGCAGAAACAAGCUCUCUAUGAAGGCACCGAGAUGGAAAAACAGUUAAAGAAGGAAAUAUAAAUGUAAUUUUUAGACGCUUGUUUAUAUGCAGAACCAAGGCUUUGUUACGUGGAGCUAUGUUGUAUAUAUGACCAACUGUAAACACAUUUAUUGCAAAUAACAGCAUAUUUGCUCUGCAUCUAUCAUGCAGUGAAAUAGAAAUGUAUUGAUCUUUGAUAAUAUAUAUAUAUGGAUACAUUUUAAGUUGUCUAUCUAUCUAUAUCUAUCUAUCUGUAUACUUGAACAGGGCCAGACCUAGGGUAUAAAGCAUUUUUAUUGCCUGGCCCACUCUUGGGGUGAGGAGGGUUGUAAUGUUCUUGUUGAUGUCUGUCUGUCUGUUAGUGCCAUUCAAAAACACAGACUGACCUAUCACCCAAUACACAUGAGAGCAUCCCUAGUUGAAUGCCUUAAAUAAUUAAUUUUGGGGGAAACUCCAACAUAUAAUGACUGAACACCAUACUUGAUGCAUUUCAAAGGAUAUGUGAUGCUUGCCCUAUCAUCUAAAAUGUAAUUUUAAAGAUAGCCACAAUUAUUCACUCAGUCUAUCAGGAAGGGACUGAGCCACCUUCAAAGCCCUUCAGCAUUCUCUGGAAGCACUCACUGUCCGCCCUCAAAACACAGGCGAGUUUUUCAUCAUGGCUGGGUCAGUUUAUUCACUUAUUCAGUGGUGCAGUUUUCAAGUGAAUGGUAGGAGGCGAUCCUCUGAGUCCUGUCCUCACGCUACACAGAUGCUGACUCAUCAAGGCAGUGCUUGACGUGGUACAUUUCUCUAAAAGAUUGUUAUAGCAAUAUAAUACAAUGACAGUUGAUUUCAAUUAAGUUAAUCUCUUGUAGAUACUGAUUAUAUCAAAAGUUUAAAUAAUAGCAGACUUUAUUAACAAUUAUUUCCUUUUAUGGUGAAAACAGUGUAGAUUCUUCUUGAACACACGUGCAAAAUAAUUAUAAUACACAGCAUUUUAAUACUGCAACAGUACAAUUCAUACCAGGUGUCCCAAGGCACUUGAAAAUACACAAAGAAAAGGUCAAACAAUCAACCUUUAACCAUUGUUCAAGUGACAUCUAUUGAGGCUCGUGCCGCCCUCCAGUUAACCCAACCUAACCUAACCUAACCUAACAAAACCCCAAACAGUUACUAUAGGUCUGGACUCAGAAAAUUCAUAUAUGCUUCCUUACUAACGAGACUUUCUUUACAACUAAGUGAGGUUAUUCUUUGUUGAUUUAUACCAUAAGUUCCUGUCUAUCAUGUGUUUGAAGAUACCCUAAACCUAACCUAACCUAACAAAACCUCAAACAGUUACUAUA